CUGCCUGCUCGCGCCUCUUCUGGCUCAGGACCAGUUGUGUUAGCCACCUACUUGCAUCUCUUCUGGAUAAGGUCCAGUUGCGUGGUGCCUGCUGGCGAGAACAUCUGGAUGAAAAGAGAGGCUAUUUGGUAGCUACCAGAGCUGGACCCCAUUUAGAAGAGACUACCCAACCUAGAAGAGAUGCUAGCAAACGGCCACCGUAGCUGGAUCGCAUUUAGAAGAGAUGGUAGCAGGCAGCUGCCAGAAAUGGACCCCAUCCGGAAAACGUGCGAGCGGCGGCUACCCAAUCCAGAAAAGACGAUGGUCGGCAGCUGCUAAAGCUUGACCCCAUCUGAUGAUGUGCUAGCAAGCGCCGAGAAACAAUUUAAAGUUGCUUUUUCAAAUUAUCUUAAAAAAAAAAAACGAGACUUGUGUUAGAACCCAAGACUCAUUUUAACUCAACUUUAUUGUCAAAAGACUAAUUUUAUUUGCUCAUUUUUGUUCACAUUUCCGCUUUGCACUUUAUUUGAACGGGCACCGGGACAUUCACUUCCGGUUUGGCCGCCAGGAUUUGGCUUGAGGGGAGCCGCACGUGAGCCUCCUCGAGGGGCGAGGGGCGAGGGGCGAGUGGCACGCGAGCCUGCUGAACCGGACCACACUGGACCAACUUUUGCUGUGGAAUUUUCCGACGUCUGGACGCCGCCGUGGACGCAGGAAAAGACGCCCAGCCGUUGUUCGCCCGCAUGGGGAACCACACGGAGCGGUUAAGUUACGCCGAAGUUCCCACCGCGGACCCGCACGGCGUGGACCGGGAUGAGGGUCCUCGCAUCGGCGUCGCGUACAUUUUCUCCGACGGGGGGGACGACGACGACGACGAGCCGGGCGACGGCACCCGCGCGAACUCGGACCCGGAAGAAACGGCCUUCGACCCGCGGGAGGAGGUGGAGUGCGCCGUGUACAAGCUGGACGAGUGCGUGUACGAGAAGAGCCGCCGCUCGUCCGCCUUGGACGCGUACUCGCCGGAGAAGCUGCUCGACAAGUGCCGCGCCGGUGACCUAGUGGAGUUCGUGGCCGCGGGCCGGUACCCGCACUGGGCCGUGUACGUGGGCGACUUCCAGGUGGUCCACCUGCACCGCGCCGAGGUCAAGAGCGCCUUCCUGACGGACGCCGGCCGGGGGAGACGCUGCCGGGUCGUCAACGAGCGCUACAAGUUCCGAGCCCGGGACCCCGACGCGGUGGUGCGCAGCGCCCUGGAGCAGGUGGGCCUGAAGGACGGCGAGCUGAGCUGGCGGAACUCCGAGGGCUUCGCCGCCUGGUGCCGCUUCGGCCGCAGGGAGCUGAAGGCCGGCGGCGAGCUGAGCGGCGGCGCCCGCCAGCCGUACGCGCUGCACGUCCUGCUGGGCGACCGCAAGUACUCGCACGCCCUCGAGUUCCAGAGCCUGGAGGAUGUGAUCGCCGAGAAGAGACGCGGGGAUUACCUGGGCCGCAGCGCCUUCCUCCGGGAGCUGGCGGUCCACCUGAGGACCGAGACCGCAGCGCACUGAUGCCGGCAUUGCACAGAUUUAUUAUUAUUUUUCAAACUUCAAUCUCUUAUUUUAGUGGUUUACACUAAAAUAUUGCGUUGAUGGAAUAAAAGUUAAACAGAUGCAUUCUUCAAUUUUCAUCCAUCUCCGGGGGCCGCCAGGUUCGGCAAUAUCGCCCUCUGCUGUCCAGCGAAAUGAACUCCAUGACUGCCGUCUCGCUUGCGUUGCGAACGUCACUUGACCAAACCUGAAAAAUCGGUCGGCGACUCACCGUGGACACCGCGCUAACUAGAAGAACUACGACUUGAUGACAUGACAGUUCGAACAAAACUUUUGCAAGUUGGGGUUCGCACCGUGUCAUGAACCCGUCGUAGUUAUUUAUGCUAGUUCAUUUCGGUCACCGGCGCUUGAGUGCGCUUCAAAUGCUUGCAAGCUAGUGUCUCCUCCUUACGACGGGUUACUUGUAACUUUUUGUUGGUUUCAUCGUGUCAUAACAUCUCUUUUGUUCUAAAAAAGUGAAAAUAAUCGUAGUAAUUGUAAUGUAACCUGUCUUCUUAACAUUGUUACUACUUACAGACAGGUGAGAUUGAAACCUGGCACUGCUGUUACUAAACCAAAUGUUGUUUUUUUUCCAGAGUGUAAUGCAUCACCCUAUUUAACCUGGAAAAGUCAUACAAUGAUUAUUUAUUUGCAUUCAUUGUAUGUGAACGGCAGUGAAACGGUGGAAAACUUGUUGCUAACAAUGUGGUCUUCGACACUUCUCGGAAGGGUCAAUCGUUUGAAACGCCGCCGUUUCGUGUGUUCAUGACUGCUGCAUUACGAAUAUACGAUGUUUCUUUCCGGGGGAAACGAACGCGUUGCGAUGGUGUGCUUCAGUUUUGACGAGGACUCUCAAUCACAUGAAGGGCUGAGUCGCAAAGACUCUCAUAUGAAGGACGUGGCUAAAUCACAAAGAAAGUCAAUCUCAUUACCAAGAAAAUGGAAUCAAAGUCAUAAAGUUGGUGGAUCUAAAUCUGUGGAAGGACUUGAAAUCACGUUAAGGGACUCAAAUCGCACAGAAAAGAAAGAAUACAACUGCAUAAAAUCUCAACGGGUCAGGUGCCAUUUCAAGUGAGGCGUCGCCGUGGCAACCGUUGAUGCAGGGCAGGGGGGCCUCAGCACAGGGCAAAAACUGUUUUUAAAAAAAAAAAUAUAUAUAUAUAUAUAUAUAUAUAUGAUUUAUUUUUUGUGUUGUUUUUGUGUUUUUUGUGUCUAGAAUUGUGUGAGGGCAAUAAAGCGGACGAAAAGCUCCACCUUGGCGCAGGUGCAAAGUGAGGCGUCUGUUUUGCGUUUAAAAAUGAAUAAAUAGUUAAAUAAAAAAGGUUUCCCAUAGGAGGAGCCAAAUGACUGUUGCCGUCGUUGAAUAAAUAAUCCCCAAAAUGCUUGCCGGCGGUUUGCACAAGACAUUUAUGUUUGUCGAAGGCGUUUGCCAGACAUUUUGCCACAAGCACAUUUUGUAGCAAUUUUGUUAAGAUGUCGAUCCGAAAGACUUUUAGACCUUUACCGAUUUCGUGUUCUAAAUGAACACACGGUUUUAUGAAGGAACGAGCAGGUUACACUUGUGGAAAUGUUCUCCCUUUUAAAAAGAAACUCAAAAUUACGUAAAGAACGGGGGCGCCAAAUCACAUGGGUGAACAUGACCCUAAAUCACAUAAAGAAUGGUUGACCACGUCACAAAAGGGAUUCUAAAUGAUGUGAAGGGCUCAACUUGACGAUAAAUCACAAAGAUCAACAAUACAUUGACUCAAAAUCACAAAGUGACCCUAAAUUACAUAAAGUGACUCAAUUAAGGAUGGGUUUCUUGAAUCAGAUCAAAUGACAAAAUCACACAAAGAGAAAGACUCGACAUCACCGAAGGAAGUAAAAUCAGGCUCAUAACAAAUGACCAUAAAUCACAUAAAGUAUCACAAAGAGAAGGGAUUCUAAACGCCAUGAGAAAAAAAAGGUAAAUGUCAU